GACUCGGCCGGUGUGUGGUUCGUUCCGUGCGUUCCGUUGACGUUCGUACAAGACCGAGAACGUUUGUCGGUGUUUCUUCGCACAUUUUUUUUCGGUAGUGAACGUCGGGGUUCGUCUAUCGUCCCAGUGAUCAUCGUCUUCGAUCUCUUCCCUUUAUCUGUCCCUCUCUGGCCUCCGCUCGAUGACAGUCGUUCGCUCGAGGAAGGAACGAUACGAUCGUGGUUUCACGUCGUCCGUGCUUCAAUCACGGCGAGAAUCGUGAAGGCUCGAAAGAAACGCCAUCCUCGGUUGAAACGAGACGGUAGACUACGAGAGAGAGAGAGAGAUAGUUAGAGAUAGAGAGAUAGAGAUAGAAACAAAGUGCAGAGUCGAAGAGAGAGAGAGAGAAAGUUAGAAUUCCAUGUGUGCGAGUGACGAGGUGUUUGCUUGUAUACGGGUGCAGUGGUCUUCUUGACAGUGCCGAAUCAACAAGUGUCGCGCACGGAGCGUCGAUGUCGCGCGGUGUGUGUGCGCGCGCGCGUUUCUAACCUCAUCCUCGAGAUCGGUUCGGCUCGGUGGAUAUACGAACGCGGCAAGCCCUCGCUGUCCGUCCCCCCAGUACUCGCGUUUCGUUCGUGUGCAUGCUGUGUUAUACCGUGUCGAACGUGGUCUCUUAUGUGAUAUCGUAAUUUUCGUGUAACGUGUGCCCUUGGAUACAUAGUUACGUCGUUGAUCCGGUAGCUGCGUCUCCGCCAACGUCUCAAGAUGGAAGUCGUUUACAUAGACGAACGAGAAGAUGUGCAGAAGAAAACGUUUACGAAAUGGAUCAAUUCACAACUGCUUAAGAAUCAACACGAACCGAUUACAGAGUUAUUCAUCGAUUUAAGAGAUGGCAAUCGCUUAUUGUCCCUUUUAGAAGUCCUUACAUCCAAAGUUUACAAAAGAGAACGCGGCCGUAUGAGAGUGCACCACCUUAACAAUGUUAACAAAGCAUUGCAAAUCCUCGAACAGAACAACGUGAAACUUGUAAAUAUCAGUAGCAACGAUAUCGUCGAUGGUAAUCCUAAGCUAACAUUGGGAUUAGUAUGGAGUAUUAUAUUACAUUGGCAGGUCCAUUAUCAUCUGAAGGAUCUCAUGACAGAGCUGCAGCAGACGAACUUAGAAAAGACGCUUUUGGCGUGGUGCCGUCAAAAUUCACAGAAUUAUCCUGGAGUCGAUAUCAAAAAUUUCACCACGUCUUGGUCCGAUGGUCUUGCUUUCAAUGCGAUUCUUCACAGAAGGAAACCACAUUUGUUCGAUUUCAACAAUAUCGCCCGCAAACAUCCUAAUGCUAGGCUGGACCAUGCGUUCCGAUUUGCUCAGGAGCAUCUGGGCAUCGAACGAUUGCUCGAUCCGGAGGACGUAAAUACAUCCGUGCCAGACAAGAAAUCCAUAAUGAUGUACGUUAUGUGCCUUUUCCAAUCGUUACCUCAUUCUGGAGAUGACAUAGGCGAGUUAGACCUUUCGGUAGCGAGUGAUGGCAGUCCAGUGACAACGCCAGGGGCCGAGAAUCCAUUGUCCUUUACGAAUUUUGGAGCACCGGCAUCAAGACCGAUGAGUUUGGCCACGAACGUGUCGGUGGAACUCGGCGGUUAUCAGGUUGCUCUCGAAGAAGUUUUAACUUGGCUCUUGGAGGCGGAAGAUAAACUGAAUCAUGCCCCGGAACCAGGCUCCAGCUUGGAAGUGCUGAAACAACAAUUUCAUGAACACGAGACCUUUUUGAUGGAACUGUCUGGACAUCAGGACGGGGUCGGUGCUGUGCUAGAGGAAGGUGCAAGACUAUUAGCGGAAGGCGGCUUACACAAAGACGAGGAACACGAAGUUCGUGUUCAGAUGUCGUUGUUGAAUUCUCGAUGGGAAGGACUUCGCAUGCGGGCAAUGGAGAGGCAAACUAAGAUUCAUGAGGUCCUGAUGCAGAUGCAGCAAGGCCAGUUAGACGACCUCAGACAAUGGUUAACCAGAACCGAGGAUAGAAUUUCGCGAAUGGCAGCCGCUGAAUUGAACCCAUCUGCCUUGGACGAACAUCUGAAACAAUUAAGUGAAUUAGAGCAAGAUAUCCAGGCGCAGCAAGGAGUUGUCGAUGGUAUGAGGAAUAUGGUAGUCGUCGUGGACGAGGAAAACUCGGAGGCGGUUUACACCCAAAUGGAGGACCAAUUGUCCGCUCUUGGAGAACGAUGGACACAUAUCUGCAAAUGGAAGGAGGAGAAACGACAGCGCUUGCAAUCCCUUUCGCAGCUUUGGCAGAAUAUAAAUGACGAUUACAAAAGGCUAGUCUCAUGGUUGAAUGAGACUGAGAUCACUCUGAAACAAAUGGAAGCGAACCCGGCGUCCGAGAUUGGUGAAGUAUUGGAGAGAAUCAAGAAAUUGCAGAUAUUAAAAAUAGAGAUGGACGCGAAUCAGAAGAAACUAACUACUUUGCAAGAGUCUGUCCAAGAGUUGGAGGGUCAGAGUACUUCUACCGAGUGUGUUACCGUAUUGCAAGAUAUUGAGAACCUGCAGGAUAGAUGGGAAGCAGUAGGGCAGAUAAUGGAAGUUCAAACUCAAAGGAUAACAAGUUCAGGAUUCGAGUUUGAUAUGAAGUCUGAAAGAGAAAUGACAGUGAUUUCUGGUAACGAUUGGAUGUCCGAAACAGUAACAAGUAUCGCUUACAAAGAAGAAAUUACUGCUACGUCUACGCCGCAUAGUGAUCCAAAGAAGCGCCGUGUCGAUAGCACAAUCAGACACGAGUUUGAAUCUGCUCUCACUAAUCUUUACAAAUGGCUUGAUUACGUUGACUUGGAAAUUGGACGAUCAGAAGGAGUGUUCGACGAAUUGAGCAUUGAAGAAAAAAAAGUUGUCUAUAACGAUACGAUUGGUGACAUAGAAUCGCAUAAAGAUGAUUAUAAUAAAGUUUUGGAGUUGGGAAAGCAGCUUCUUGACGAAUUAAACAACGCAAACGAAUCGACAGAAGCAGACGAAACAAAGUUAAAGGACGUGCAGAAUUGUUGGUCAGCAAUUAACAACCGUUUGGACGAAAUAAAAUGUCGUAUUGAAUAUCUCGAAGAAGUGAAAAAGUUCCGAACAGAAUUGGCUAGCUUGAAUUUGAUGUUAGAUAGUUAUACCAAAUGGUUGGACUCCAAUAAAGGAAAUAACCAAGUUGAACCGUUUAGAGUGAAGAUUAAAUCAAUGAAGUCUCAUGAAGAACGCAUUAAGAAACUAAUGGAAAAAUUAAACGAGAUUCUGAAAAAUUCACCUGCUACUAACGAAAGUUCUAAUUUGAAUGUGGACGUACAGAUGUUCGUUACCAACUGGGAAACGCUAUAUAAAACACUGUCCAAUAAGCUAGCUGAAAUAAAUGAAGCGGUUGAUAAAACUCCGCCAAAGAAAUAUACGGAUGCGAUUGUUAAUCUUACUGCUUUUAUUAACAAUGUGGAGAGUACAUUGCUGUCGGAACACAUAGUCAUGUCAGAUGAUCAGACCAUGGCACAGCAGUUAAAAAAAUUUGGUAACCUUCAAGAUGCUCUGCAGGAACACCAAGAGAUCUUCAAUUACGUGAACAAUGUUGGACACGAAUUGAUCAUGAAGACUAAUGGCGAUUCUCAAGGGCAAAGACUCAAAGACGAAUUGCAAGAUCUUAAUACAAAAUGGAGUGAUAUACCCAUAAUAUUAGAAGAACGCCAGCAAAACUUGUUGAAAGAUAUGGAGUCUUUAAAAAUGUUUAAUAACGAACUUUCUGAACUCGAACACUGGCUUGAGAAAUCGUAUCAAUACCUGGAAGAACUAUUAAAAGACAGCGUAACCAACGAUGUUGAAACUAUGGAACGUGGAUUGAAAAAGGUUCAAUAUCUCUCCGAGCGUAUAAACCAAACGAAACCGAAGAUAGAAAAAUUACAAACAUCAACGAACAGAUUACUCGAAAAUUCUGAGCCGAAGUUUGCAAGUGUAUUGAACAAUAAAUUAGAAGUUAUCUCACAUAAAUGGAAUGCCAUUGUAGACGGUGCUAAAAGUUUGAAUGAUACAUAUGAAGAUACCCUCAAGAAGAAUGAUGAGAUAAUCAGUGGAAUAGAAGACUUCACAAAGUGGUUGUCAGCUUUAGAGAAAGAAAUACCGGUAGAAACAAAAAUAACAUCUUCGAUCGAACUGUUCCAAGUUCGUGGAAGAUAUCAGUCAUUGAAAGAGAAGAUUGACAAACGAGUCGAAGAAUUCAGAAACCUCAAUGAAAUGGGCAACGACAAGUUACUGAGCUCCGAGGGCUCCUCGGUUCAAGAACUUGGUAGACGUUUUACGUUCUUGAAUGCUCGAUGGACUGAUGUUACUGACCGUAUUUACGAGCGAUACAGACACCUACAGAAUGCUAGCCACGAGUACGGAGAAUUUCGUGCUUUGGUUGCACAAGCAAGUGACUGGUUAGAUAAAUUAGACAAACGACUGAAAAGAUCUACAGAAAGUGCUGCUGAUGCUGAAGAAAUCUCAGAAGAACUUGAUGAUUUGGAGAAUUACAUACGUAACCAUCCGGAAAUGAGGCUGGAAAAAAUCCAAGAAAUUGGUAAACAACUGAUCGAAAGUAAUAUCAUGACACAAUCUAUCCAAUCAGACGUUGAAAGUUUAACGAAUCGUUGGGAGAAUUUGAAUAACCAGGCAGGGCAACGGGCUAAACUGCUGGAAGGAUCAGUGAAGCAAGCACAGCAAUCAGAAGGACGCAUUCGUGCUCUUCAAGACUCCUUAACGCAAAUAGAUUCUGAAUUAACUGCACUUCUUGACUGCGACCUUACUGCCGAUGAUUUGCCUCAUGAUUAUCAGAAAUUAAUGGAGAAGAUGGAACAUCAACAAUCCACGCUUCAAGAUAUGGCACUACAAAUCGAAUCUUACAAAGCUGCUGGAAAACAAGAAGUUGCGCUCAGAUUGCAUGAACAGCUAUCUCUGAUAGAACAAACGUUUUCUGAGGUACAAAAGAAGUUCCAACGUUUCUGUUGCCCAACCAAUUUGGAACCGAGAUUAUCCAGUGCUUUACGAGAACUUCGAGGAAUAGAAGAAGCGACGUGUUUGUUGGAAUUGUCUUCAGAAGAUCCAGAAGCUAUUGACGGUCAACUUAAACAUUGCUUGCGUUUCUAUCAAACACUAAGUGAAAUUAAAAGUGAGAUUGAAAAUAUCAUUCUCUCUGGUAGAAAAUUAGUUGAAGAGAAAAAUGUUGCUGAACCAGAGAAAUUUUCUAAACGAAUUGAUAUGUUGAAAGAAUUAUAUAAUAAGUUGGGACUACACAUUACACAGUCAAAAUCAACAUUGGAAACAGCUUUGGAUUUGUCACGUGAUAUAUAUAAAAAUAUGUCUUACAUUAACAUGUCCAUAGAUAGUAUUAACAAAGAAUUAGAUAAACAAAAGAACAUGCCAGAUUUACCUGUAAUUGCGAUAUAUGUGCGCGAAACAAUGACAGAAGUAAUUCCAAGAUUAAAUGUUGUGAAAGAUAAGUUGUUAAAAUCGCAAGAAGAAUUUUCCAAGCUUUGUGAUCCAAUGUGUUUGGAGCAGCUUAAGGAGAAAUUGUUAGAUGUUGUGACGAGAUUAGCAAACACAGAGAAAAGGCUAAAACUGUGUAAUGCCACAGAGGAGGAACCUAACGUUGACGAAAUCAAUGCAUGGCUCUCACAAGUCGAAGAAAAACUAAAUGAACUGGAUAAUGUCCCAGUUGAUCAGUUAACAGAAAAUCAUUUUGAACAGUGCAAUGCGGUUCAAAGUGAAAUGAUAGAAGCAAAACCAAAGGUUAAUCAAUUGCAACGUUAUACGUAUUAUCCAAAAGUGGCAGAAGUAUGCAACAAGUGGGAAGAAAUAUCAAACAGGAUACAAGAAUGGAUCCACAAAAUCACAGACAAUUUAUUAAUAAAAAGUAAGGUGGGAGAGACUAAGGGGAGAGACAAUUACGGACGCAUUAAACCGUUCAGACAACCGGAACACACUUCGGUGCAGCUAGCUAAAAAAGAAACUAAAUUAAUUGAUAAAAAUGAGAAAAUAUACGGGAUAGGAUACCUCAAUCCUGCUUUCGACGACAAUCAAAUUAACGUUAUAAGCACACCCGAGAGCUCGCCAAUCGAUAUCGUUCACAAAAGCAGGAAGUCCUCUGCGAAAUCCGAGAAAGUAAAAACUAAAAUCGUAGACGUUAGUAGAACCGUUAGACGAAAAUUAGACAUGAGCUCUAUACCGGAUGUCGUUCAAACCUCUCAGCCUCAAGUUGUUCACAUUGACGACGAAUUGCCCUCUUCGUCCCCCGACAGAGAUGUCUACAUGCCCGAUGAGGAGUUCUUUUUGUCAAAAAAUAGUACCUUAUUUUCUCAAGUAUCUACCAAUACGUUGGUCACAAGUGACUCCAAACCGUACAAUGAAUACACUGCGCAAACGAAUCCUUUCCGCAUCGUAGAGGUGAAAGAAAUGGAAAUUAAAAAGUCUGUCGCAUCCCCCGAGGAUCAUGUAAUAUUACCAAGUGCAAAUGUUAGCGUAGGAUUGAUGCCACAAGUUGUUGAGAGAGUAGAAAUUGUCGAAGAUACGGAGACAGAGCCAGAAUCGGUAGAUACUGAUACCGAGGAUAAAGAAGCUAGAGGAAAGAUCUCUAGCGGAGGGCAAGUGAUUAAUAAGAAGAGAGAAUUAAUCCCUAUUUUAAAGAAAAAUAAAGCGAUUGAUCAGUAUUCAGCAAAGAAUACGAAGAAAUUGACUCUUAAGUUAGAUACCGAGGGCAUCCAAUCGAACAGUCAGGUUUCUAGCAGUAAAUUAAUCAAAGUAGAUAGUAGCAAAGCGUCGACGAAUGUGCAAAUAUAUUGCAAUGUAAAAAGCAUUAAAGAACCUAUAUCCUACGGCUGGAAGGAUAAAGACAGCGUUGCUGAGUAUCUUAUCCUCGACGAGGCCGAAAUCCAGUUAAAAUCGAAUGCAGAAACAACUGCCGUAGCACCCCCCUUGCCAAUCAGUUACUCAAAAAGAAGAAAAGAUCACAUUAAUGACAAAAGAUCAACGUCUGAGAGAGACACCGAAGUUUUUAAACUACGUUCUAAUGAAAAAGAUAAUUUAGAUUCUGAAAAGAACCUCCGAGCUUUGUUAUACAGACGUACACGAAGUAUAUCCAAAGAUGAUACAUUAGAGGAUUGUGAAAGUUUCUACGGAAGUGACAAAGAAACCGAUGAUAUCUUAAUUUUCUCUGACGACACAGAAAAUGACGUUGGAAGCUCCAGUUCAGAAGGGGAAGACCCAAAUUUAGGAGAACAUGUUGAGCACCUCUUGGGCAAGAUUCAGGCUGAAAAGUUGUCACAAGAGUCGCAGCAGAAAGCUGAAACGAAGGUCUUAGGUAUCAGGAGACCGUUCAAGGCUUUAACGUCUUUAUCCAGAACAGGUCUGGAAAAGUGUAUUCUUGAAUUUGAACAAUCUGCUCAAAAAAUGUUACACAGAAUGGAUAUUAUGUUUAUGAGUAUUAGUAGCAUCAGCAAUGAGAAAGAUCCUGCCAAACGUCUUGAGGUACUAGAAGGUGAAGUUAGUACUCUUGCACCAGAUGCGGCAGCUUUGAUUAGCAAAGGUGAUGGUCUAGUGAUGACAGUGCAUGCGUCUGAUCCUGUUAGAGCAGAGAAGAUAAAGAACGAACAUCAGGACAAGUUGAGGAGCAAAUGGCACCAAGUUAUGUCAGAGAUUGAAACUAGAAGAAUUCAAGCACAACGGGGUGAAGAUAUGCUGCGACAAUAUAACAGUCUGGUAGCAGAGUUUGAAGAUUGGUUUAGAGAUGUUCCAUUGAAACUUGAACAAGUAAAUAACUACGAAGGCCACCUAGAAUCUUUCACAGAAGAGUUUGACGCUAAACGCGAACAGAUUCAUAAACUGAACGAUCUGGCUGUUGAAUUAAAGAGAUUGAAUGUUGGAUAUUCCGAAACUAUACGCUACAGUAUCAAUAGUAGGUGGCAAGAAGUUAGUUCACAGUUUAAAAGAUAUAGUGGCAGCAAGGAUAAGGAUAAACAUGUUACUGACAAGAAAGUUGAAGUGGAUGUGGGCAGAAUUGACUUGCAGGAAUUUACCACAAGAGUCAACAAGAUCAGAGAAGCUGUGGUAACAGUAACCAGGUCUCUAAAUUCGAUGCCGCUAAAUGGUGAUGAUUAUGAAAUGUUCGCAAACCAAGAGGAUUGUUUAAAAAAGAUUAGUAAUGCUUUGAAUAUUCUAAAACCAAGCAUCGAGGAAAUUAACUCAGUUUUUGAAAACGUUGCUUCGCAAUUAAGGAGAGAUCAAGCUGAACAAAUAAGACGUUUAAGCGACAAACUACGAGAGGAAUGGAUUAAUGUUAAUCAGAGUUAUGUAGAAAGGUAUAAUCGUUGGGAUAAAUGUUAUCAAAAAUGGAAAGAACUUUGUCACACGUGUAGAAGCUUCUGUGAAUGGCUCGAUAAAAUUGAAGAAUCCUUAAAAAAGGUGAAUUCUGCUGGUCACUCGAAAUCAUCAAAGACAAAAAUAUUUGAGUUGGAGCAAGAAAUUUCGAGAAUGCAACGAACGGUCAAUAAUAUUAAUGUCUCAAGUGCUAGCAUCUUUGCUCGUUCCAAAUCAGAAGAUAUGAUCGAUUUGAAAGACAUGAUUGAAAUGAUAAAGCGUCGCUGGCAAAAUAUAGUGGCCGAUUUAAAUACAAGAAAAGAAAAGUCUUUUGCAAUGGAAAGAAAAGUGAAUACUGAAGGAAGAAUUUUAGAUAGUGCUUACAACAUCUUGGAGCAGAUAAAUUCCUUACUGGUGUCAGCAGCUAAUCCAUCAGAUGAAACUUCUCUAUCAAUAAGAUUGUCACUGAUCAAAGCCAAGCAAGAAGAACUUUGUACUCGUAAGAGAUCGUUGCAAAAUUUAAUACCUCAAAAUUCGGCAUCUUCGAGCGAAGACGAGUGCAACAAACUCCUUGCCGAUAUGGACAAGGCCAAUUUAAACCUUUCGAAUCAUCGUGAAUACGUUGAAAAUAAGCUUGCCUCUCUUAAAAAAUACAUUUGUACUUUGGAUGCUGUCAUGGCAUGGGUCAUGGAAACGCGAACAAGAAUAAGCAUAUCUCGAGAACUGUCUGAACAAGAUCGAAUCAAAGUUAUUAAUAAUGUUAUGACUAAAGUAGAAGACCGUGAAAUGGAAGUUAAGGAUGUAUUGGAGAACUAUACUAACUUGGAGAAAGAGUGCGAGUCUGCGAAACAACCAAUUUCUGUGGAAUUACAAGAAAAGUUAAAGAAGCUGAGAGAAGACUGGCAAUUUGUUAAAAAUAGCGGCGACUCACAGGGUCAUGAAAUCAAAUCUGCAGGUGCGGUUACCGUGACAUCCAGGGAAAGAGAAGUCGAGAGAAGUGUAGGAGCUGCACCGGGGGCGGCGGGUGCAACUGCAGGGGGCCCUCGGGGGUUGGCACCUUCCCCUGCCCCCUCGACGCCCUCGUCACCCGCCACCACCACUAGCCCAUCGGAUUUGACCUUCUCCUCCUCGACGUCACCUAAACCUUCUUCUCAGCCCUCUGCCGCCGUAGCGGGCUUUGACAAAUCGGUGCUACAGAUACGUGAUUGGCUGACAGUUGAAGAAGAGAUGUCACGACAACAGGCUGUCGUUGUCGGCGAUGUCGAUAAAAUCAUGCAAAUGAUCGACAAGCAGAAGAAUGUUUUACGGGAGCUGGAGAAGAAAAAGCCGCAGCUGGACGAGCUGGUUCACACCGCGGAAAACCUUCGAGCGGACACCAACAGACAGCAACUGCACGGUAAAGUUACGAAGCUGAGAGAACAUUGGGACGAGACGAACUCGAAAGUGAUGCAAAGGAAAACACAGUUGGACGCAAUGCUGGGGGACAGUCAGCGGUACGAGGCCAAGAGGAACGAGGUGGAAGUCUGGCUUGUGCGAAUGGAAACUCGACUGGAGAAAAUGCAGGCUGUGGGGCACACCGCCGACGUUCUCGAGGCGCAGCUCCGAGAACAAAAGUCAUUCCACGCGGAGCUGCAUCAGUACAAGCGACAGAUCGAAUUGUUCAAUCAGCUCACGCAGAAGCUGAUCGCAGUUUAUCAGCAAGACGACACGACCCGUGUGAAAAAGAUGACAGAGACCAUCAAUCAGAGAUACAACAACCUCAACACCAGUAUUAUCAAUCGAGGAAAACUGCUGCACUCCGCGAUGAACUCCCUCCACAACUUCGACCGGUCCCUGGACAACUUCUUGGCUUGGUUGAGCGAAGCCGAGUCCUCGAUGGAGGGAUUGGAAGCGGAUGCCGAUCGACUAGAUGGACGACGGGACCAAGGCGCGCUCAGGCGACCGCAACAUCAACUCAAGAUUUAUACGACGACAAGACUGCAGGACCUCCAAUCGGAAAUCGAAACACACCGAGACGUUUACGCGUCCCUGAACGGCACCGGGCGAAAACUGUUGAGCUCUCUGGCCAGCCAGGAUGACGCUGUUAUGCUGCAACGACGUCUGGACGAGAUGAACCAGAGAUGGCAUCACUUGAAGGCGAAGAGCAUGGCGAUAAGGUGUUCAGAAGAGGCGAUGGAAUUACGAACACCUGUUAUUGGCGGACGAAAUCGAUUGGAGAGCAAUACCGAACAUUGGAACGCUUUGCUGCUAUCUUUGCGCGAGCUCAUCGAAUGGGUGAUCAGAAAGGACACUGAACUCACCGGUCUUGGUCCUGUAUGCGGCGAUGUGGCCGCCUUGCAAAAACAACAGGACGAUCAUCGCGGCUUCAGAAGGCAGCUUGAGGACAAACGACCCAUCGUCGAAAACAACUUGCUGAGCGGCCGACAGUACAUCGCGAACGAACCGCCGCUCUCUGACACCUCGGACUCCGAAGCCGGAAGAGAAUUGGACGGUGAUUCGAGGGGCUACAGAAGCGCGGAGGAGCAGGCACGCGAAUUGACGCGCAGCAUUCGCCGUGAAGUGAACAAACUUUCGGAGCAGUGGAACGCCCUAAUCGAACGUAGCGAUGCGUGGAAGCGGAAACUCGACGACACCGCUAACAAAAUAUGUGUCUUCCAAAAGUUGCUCGAGGAUCUGUCGUCGCGGAUGGCCGGUGCCGAGGCGAUCCAGAGCGGCUGGCAAAAUCCGAGCGAUGCGAACGAAGCGACGGAAUUGCUAGAGCAAUUGCAGAAAUUCGGCGAACGGCUGGUGCCCAUUCAGAGGAACAUCGAGGACGCGAACGACCAGGCCAGCGUCUUUGCCUCGAGUAGCGUCAUCGUUUCUCAUGCUUUGCUGGCGAAACUCGAAGAUCUCAACACCAGGUGGAAGGUGCUGCAAGUGGCGGUUGACGAGCGUUACAAGUUGCUAAGCGGAUUUGGAAAGGAUGGCAGCACUCCGGGUAGCCAGGCUUUCCUCGCAAGCAGCGUGGAACCACCAUGGGAGAGAGCCCUCACACCCGCCAAAGUGCCUUACUAUAUCAACCAUCAGUCGGAGACCACCCAUUGGGAUCAUCCGAAGAUGAUAGAGCUGAUGUCUUCUCUAGCGGACCUGAACGAAGUACGAUUCUCCGCAUACAGGACCGCGAUGAAGCUGCGCACCGUUCAGAAGCGUUUGUGCCUGGAUAUGCUGAGCCUCUCCACCGCAUUGGAACAGUUCGAUUCGCACGGGCUCCGUGCGCAAAACGACAAGCUAAUCGACAUACCGGACAUGGUGACAGUCCUGACGUCCUUGUACGAAGUGAUAACAGCUGACAAUCCGACGCAGGUGUCUGUGCCGUUGUGCAUCGAUUUGGCCAUUAAUUGGCUUCUCAACGUGUACGAUAGCCAACGAACCGGUCAGAUUCGCGUGCUCUCGUUCAAAGUGGGCUUGGUCUUGUUGUGCAAGGGCCACUUGGAAGAGAAAUAUAGAUAUCUGUUCCGACUGAUCGCCGAUCCGAACAGAUUGGUGGAUCAACGGAAACUAGGUUUACUGUUGCACGACUGUAUUCAAGUACCAAGGCAGUUAGGGGAAGUGGCCGCGUUCGGCGGAUCAAACAUCGAGCCCAGCGUCCGUAGCUGUUUCGAGAAGGCUGGAAAAGAUAAAAAUGAAAUAGAGGCGGUGCACUUUUUGAGCUGGUUGCAACAGGAGCCGCAAAGCAUGGUCUGGCUGCCUGUGCUCCAUCGGCUCUCCGCGGCGGAGAGCGCUAAGCAUCAAGCGAAAUGUAACAUAUGCAAAGAGUAUCCCAUAACCGGGUUCAGAUAUCGCUGCUUGAAAUGCUUCAACUUCGAUAUGUGCCAGAACUGCUUCUUCUCAGGCCGCAAGGCAAAGAAUCAUAAACUGACCCAUCCGAUGCAAGAAUACUGCACUGCGACUACAUCUGGAGAGGACGUGCGCGACUUCACAAGGGCACUUCGGAACAAAUUCAAGUCGAAGAGAUACUUCAAGAAACAUCCGCGGGUUGGUUAUUUGCCGGUGCAGACUGUGCUCGAGGGGGAUGCACUGGAGAGUCCGGCGCCGUCGCCUCAGCACAGCUCCCUCAGCCAGGACAUGCAUUCUCGAUUGGAGAUGUACGCCUCCCGGCUCGCGGAGGUCGAGCUGUCGCGCACCAGAAGCAACUCGACGCCGGACAGCGACGACGAACAUCAACUGAUCGCGCAUUAUUGCCAGAGCUUGAACGGCGGCGACAAUGUGAACGUGCCCAGGAGCCCCGUUCAAGUGAUGGCUGCCAUCGACGCCGAGCAAAGGGAGGAGCUCGAGGCGAUGAUCCGCGAGCUCGAGGAGGAGAACGCAACGCUCCAAGCGGAGUACGAACGACUACGCUCGAAGCAGACACCGGGCUCCACGCCCGAGGACGGCCACGGCAAUCGGCAACCGGACUGCGACAUGAUCGCCGAAGCAAAAUUGUUGAGACAGCAUAAAGGCAGAUUGGAGGCGCGCAUGCAGAUACUCGAGGAUCAUAAUAGGCAACUGGAGGCGCAGCUGCAGAGACUCAGACAGCUCCUGGACGAGCCGAAUGCUUCAUCGCCGUCGAAAACUGGCACUUUGCAGACACGAAGCGUAACCGCUUCGCAGCUGGCUACUGACUCUCCGGCGAAGAUGAAUGGCCAUUACCAUGAUUCUCCAGGUGGUGGAGGCUCGAACGAGGGAAGAGUAAGCAGUUUAGAGAGGCCACCACCGCCACCGCAUUCUCACAGCGUUGCCCAUAACGUGGGUAAUCUCUUACACAUGGCAGGGGACUUAGGAAAGGCUGUCGGCGAGUUGGUGACGGCGAUGACCAGCGACGAUACGACAAAAACGAACGGGCAAAGAGCGCCUCCGCCGGCUUUUAAGUAACGAUUACGAAAAGAUCCCAUGGUCUUGGACCGUUAAAGAUGUUGGAGCGACGUCAACGAGGAGACGAAGAGAAUUAGAUUGAUAUCGUAGAAAGAUGAGAAAAAAAUAUCGACGAACUUCGAAUCUUUUAUCAUCAGUGACCAAUAAGAAGUCUGGCUCUAAACGCAUAUCAAGAGGGACGAUAAUAUCGCGCAAAUGCAGGGUCAGGGGCGCCGUCAUAGUGGUUUUGGGUAUUUUAUAAGUUUUGAUAUACACCGUUGUAUAGCUAAAUUAUAUUAAUAAGACAAUUUAUGGUUUGGCUUUGACGGGCCCCUGAGAGUAACUUUACUACAUAUUGACACGUCAUAUCAUUGAGACUAAUCGUACGAAGGAUGAGAUAAAGGGGGGAGGGAGGGGGGUGGGGAGAAAAUUUAAGGCGUCAGUUGUUAAAUGCUUGCUAGUUAAUCUAUACGACAAGGGACGAUGAAGAAAUUAACGAAGAUGAAUAUAAUGAUUAUAAAAUGAAUUAUCAUGAAAGGAUUAAAAAAAAAAAAGAAGUAUCAUUAAGAAUGCAUGCAAAAGCAAUGUAUCAAAUCACAUAAUCUAUUAUAGAUCGUAGGUUACAUUUACAUACCCAUUCUGUUCACUGCCACGGGCUCUUCCUCGACAUUUCUGACAGAAACACGAUAUGUACAUGUUGUGUAUCUAGAACGACACACGCGGAGGAAAAUCGGAGAAACGCGGGGAACACGCGAAAGGAAAUCGAUAUUGAACGGUCGCUCGCGCGCAUGUUUGUCUGGUAUCUUUCCGUGACAAGUGCUAAACGGAGAUCUUGAAUUUUCUAUCGGACACGCACAUAUAUACGUGGACACAGUACAUAUCGUUACACGCGCUCGCGCGCGGAUCAUACAUAUUACAUAUACAUAUUACAUAUACAUAUUAUACAUAUACAUAAUCACACCGACACACUGGGGACUUUUUUGUAAUCGAUAAUAAAAGAAAACAAGAAGCAAAGCAAUGUGCAUUACGACUCUUCAGAUUUAUAUUUUAUCCGGUUGCAAUCGUUUUUUCAUAUUUUUUAAUGGACUUUAGAUGGCAAUGUCUCUUAUUUAAGCCUGCCGGAUGUUACUUAUAUUUAAGAGUAUAUCGAUAAGUAUCUAAUUUACAAACUGUAGGCUGUAUUCUGAUAUGUAAUAAAGUUGUCUAGAAAAUAA